UAUUGUUAUUUCAGAUUGCAGGAAGGUUCAUUACGUAGAAGCACCAGGUUGUCGUCGAAAAAUGUAAAUGGCGAAAAUGUAAAGAACCCUUUUAAUUGGUAUUGUGAUUUAUGUUACGAUAUUUUCUCCACGUUGGCAGAAUACAAGGAACAUAAAAAGUUCCAUAAAACGGUUGAGGCUAUUUUUUCAAAACAGGAAGACAGUAUUCCUGAUAAAAAAGGCAAUAUUCGUAAGGAGGUAACUGAUGAACUUUCUGAAGAUUCCGCUCAAAGUUCGGAUGAACCAGACGAAACAGAAUCCGAAUAUGAAGUAACUGAAAGCAGCAGCAGCAGCACAUCAGACAGUGCUUCAGACGUACAGCCGAGUAAAAAAGAACUAACCAAAAGUAAAAAGAAUAUCAGGCCACAAGCGAUAAAUUUAUUUGAAGAGCAAUUAAAAACGAGCCAAGAGACGAAUGUGAAAACUUCGAAAGGAAUAACAAAAAUUAACCCGUGGAGCUGCAGGUAUUGUGGUAUGAAGAUUGGCUCACCGUGCGCAAUUGUAGAGCAUUUACGAGUAAGUCACUCAGACGAAAGAGGUUUUAAGUGCACUUCGUGUCCUAAUAGUGCGUUCACAUUUGAAGAAUUGCGAAUCCAUUUGCGAAGUUUUCACGAUAAAAAAUUCUAUCCAAAGAGGAAUACUAGAAUUGUACAAUUUCGGUACCACAAGUACAACGUGGUGACUAUAAAGACGAAUUUGAAAAAAGAACACGAAAUGCAGAUCAGUCAAUGUAUGGAUUUGCUUGAGGCGAGUAACAAUGUGGCAACAACACCUAGGAAAACUAGUGAUCGUUCAUUUUAUGGCCAAGCCACUAAUGCCUUCAUUUCCAGGUCUUGCUAUGGACAGACAAGUUUUACCACGUCAUUCAACGCAAUGAUGGAUCGCAGUGUCGGAAACAUCGGUUUAAGCGAUGUAGCCUACUUGGACGGUGCAGUAGACGACACCGAUAACGAAUUGUUUAAUUUACUGGUAGUGGAAGAUGAAUGUUCUGCACUCUUGCAAAACAUAAACAGCGAACACUUUGAUAAUUUUAUUAUCGGAAACAACACAUACGGAGCGGGACCGACUCUAGAAACGCUAGUCAAUGAUAAAAUAACGAGCUCGCAUUCGUUGGAUAAAUUGUACCAGCAAAAGAGGCAUGUGCAAGACGAAAGUCGUGUUAUGUCUUCCCAAAAAAAUAUCAAGGGAAGAAUUAGCACGAGAAAAUUCAAGUGCGAUCAGUGCGGUAAAAGUUUCACGACGAAAAAAUUAAUUCGGUAUCAUCUUAUGAAUCACUUCGGCUUACGCCCAUUUUCGUGCGAUGUUUGUGAAAAAACGUUCAGGCACAGAUACGAAGUGACAAUUCACAAACGAUGUCACAGCAAGCCGACGUUUCAGUGCGACAUCUGCUCCAAAAUGUUCAUUCACAAAUCCCAUUUGAACGUUCAUCGGCGGAAACAUACACGCGAUUACGUCUCGUACUGUAACAUUUGUAACAAAGGUUUUAUAUCGGAAACAGCUUAUAAACAUCACAAGGACAUUUUUCACGACGAUUUACUUCACGUGUGUGAAGUGUGCGGUGCACGGUUACGAUCGGUAUCGUCAUUGAAUGAGCACAUUUUGACGCACGAACCAAACUAUCAUCAGAAUAGACGCUUGGUGUGUCACGUGUGCGGUAAGACGUUUCUAACCGAUCGUAAUCUUCGCGGUCAUCUUAAAUCGCAUAAUCAGCCGAAGAAGUACGUGUGUACGAUUUGCGGUAAGGCGCUUAGCGGUAAGAAGGUCUUCGAAGAUCAUAUGAAAAUGCACGGCGGAGAUAAGAACCAAGUGUGUCCCAUUUGCGGAAAAGGCUUCACCUGCGCCAACUACCUAACUGUCCAUUUACGGAGUCACACGGGCGAAAAACCGUACCAGUGUAAAGAGUGUAAGAAAAGCUUUACUCAGAGGUCCAGUCUUACCGUUCAUAUGCGGUCGCAUACGGGUCAGCGUCCUUACCGCUGUCGCUGCGGGAAAACAUUCGUCACUAAAAGCCACCUGAUGAAUCAUUACAAAUCUUGUACUAAUUGCAACAUCAGUGGCAUCAACGAAAUUGACUAAAUUUCAGAAUAUCUGGAAAUAGCGACAUAGUCUCUUUCGUAAUGUUUUGCCCAAGUCCUCAUAAACGUAGACAAUUGUUCUGUAUUAUUGAAAUUUUCAAUAAAACAAUUGUGACGCUGUUAUUACUGUUGUUGUCUUCCGGUUUUCUCAGUUUUAACUGGUUAACUUUCAGCAAGUGAAGACGCCAGAGAACGUCACCCAGAUCUUUUUGGAUCACUUUAUUGUAAUUAUUACUAUCACUAUUAUUUUAACUGUUCUUUCUUCGAAAUAAUUGUGGUCAAGUUUUUCGUCGAUUACAGUGGUCAUAGAUUGCAAAUAUCCCAGCGUACUUGUAUUAUAUACUGUCAAUUCUGAAUUAAUUAGUCAGAAAACUAAAUACGUGUAUAUAAAUAAGCUUAUGAAGUUUGAGGCUUGAAGACGACGUUUCAGACGUCCGAUGCAAUAUUUGUCUUGAGUUUGCAUGCGAUCUUUGCGAUAAACAAUUUACACAUGCUGGAGAAAAACCAUACAAAUUGCGUAAACUGUUUUAUUAGCAGGAAUGCGUUAAAUACUCAUAAGCAAAAGAAACAUGAUGUUGUUAAUCGAAAGCUAAAAGUGGAACCAAUUGCGUAAAUAAGUGUACGGUUUUAUUUAUCCACUUCUCAUUUGUAGUAUCACAUCGAAAUAAUGUCUAAUAUUUAUAUUUAUAUCGCUUAAAUCGUAUAUUUAAAUAAACUGUAUUAUACCAAAAAUUCCCAACUUUGUUAAUUUAUUACCUACUUAUUGUUUAUAUACUAAACAUAGACAAGGCAUCAGCCAUAUGACUUCACUACAAUUUUUCCAUUGUUCGUUAACCGCAAAGGAGGCUCUAUGUCUACUCAAACAGAUGGAAUUCAUUUUGACUGUUACCGUUUGCAACUUCUGAGCAAACUAAAACGCUUGCUCAUUUGUAUUAUUUAACAUUAAGAACGCAAGAAAUGCAUCUCUAGUAUAAUAUUAAAAUCAUACGAGGAUGCAUGGCUGAGAUAAAGGUCGGAUGUGUCCCAUUUGUGCAAAAGGAUUCACGUGCACCAACUACUUAAAUGUUUUAUUUAAACUGCGAAAUCAUCACCAAAAGCUAUCUGAUGAAUCGUUACAAAUCUUGCUCUAAUUGUGACACCAGUGACAUCAACGAUAUUGAUUGAAUACAGACUACUUCGAAUUAUUUUAUUCCAUUAAGCUAACGUGCCUAUCACGUUGAGGUUGGCUACGCC